GACUCUGCCUGGCUAGCCUUAUUUAAAUCAGAUUCACUUGCAAGUCAAGACAUCACCCUCCUGUUACCAUUGGUCCUCUUCCCACGAAGGUCAAGCAACAAUCUGUGGGACACCUAAACCUGGAACAAUUGUUAGAAAUUAACAAAGGAGAAGAUUUAAGCUUGAUGACUGAUAGAAACUUCCUGUCAUUUAUAACUGUUCAAAAGCAGGAUGGGUUGGCUCAGAAAGGAGAUAGGCUGGUCACGGCAAUGAGAAGGGUCAACUCUACAUCUGAGACUGCAGCAAAGGAGUCAGCAGUUAGGGAAUACAUCUAAGUGAUAUGAGAUGAGAAGGCAAAGAUGAACAACUCACGGAAAUUCUUGCUGGCAACAAUUUCUGAAGCUUCCCAUAGCAGCUGUUCAUAUCUCAUGGAGCAGUGACAUAGAAGAUGAAGGGGAUUUGUGUCUUCUGGAACACACAUAGCCAGGUUGUGUUGAGGCUGAAUUAAGACCUCUUUGAGAUUCUUAUAGAGAACACAACUGAAGACAUCACACAAGGGUUUUUCAUCAUGUUUGGCAAGAAAAAGAAAAGGCUUGAAAUCUCGGGACCAUCUAAUUUUGAGCACAGGGUUCAUACCGGGUUUGAUCCCCGAGAACAGAAGUUCACAGGACUCCCCCAGCAGUGGCACAGCUUGCUGGCAGAUACCGCCAACCGCCCGAAGCCCAUGGUGGACCCUUCAUGCAUCACACCCAUUCAGCUGGCUCCCAUGAAGACAAUUGUCAGAGGAAACAAGCCCUGCAAGGAAACUUCGAUCAACGGCUUGCUAGAAGAAUUUGACAAUAUCUCUGUGACUCGUUCCAAUUCCCUUAGGAAAGAAAGUCCUCCUACUCCUCAUCAGGGAACCUCCAACCAUGUCCAGGGACAUUCAGAAGAAAAUGGUUUCGUUACAUUCUCGCGGUACUCCAGUGAAUCUGAUAAUACCACUGACUACAUAACGGAGAAGUACAGAGAAAAGGGUCUCUAUGGAGAGGAUCUGGAUCGGUAUUAUAAAAGCAGCCAUAUAACCAAGCAAAAUGGACAUUCAACGAAAAUGAAAUCUAGCGAGGCGUAUUAUUCUGACGUGCAGACUUUGAAAUCGGAUAUGUCCAGAUUUCCUGCAGAUUAUCACACCCACAUGGAGAUGCUAAGUAAGCCAAGUGAAUAUGGUGGCUACAAGUGGGACUAUCAACGGGUGUCCGCCGCGUCCCCUCUAGAUUACCGAGAUCCCUUUCAGUUAACUCCCUCUAGGACUGCAGGGACCAGUGCAUGCUCAAAAGAAAGUCUGCUGUACAGUGAAAGUGAAUGGAGGCCCAGCAUGGAUGAUUAUGAUAAGAGACCCAAGUCUUCAUACAUCCAUCAGACCAGCCCUCAGCCAGCCAUGCGGCAGCGGUCCAGAUCAGGCUCAGGGCUCCAGGAACCCACCAUGCCGUAUGGGGCAAGUGCAUUUAAGUCUCACCCACAAGGACACUCAUACAGCUCGUACACCUACCCUCGCCUCUCAGAAACCACCUCCUGCAUGCCAAAGGUGGAUUAUGAUCGAGCACAGAUGGUUGUCAGCCCAACUCUGUGUGGAUCUGACACUUAUCCUCGGGGCCCAGUCAAACUACCUCAAAGCCAGAACAAAGUUAACUAUUCCUCAAGUGGCUACCAAUGUCCUUCUGGGUAUCACAAGGUUCACUACCACCAGCCUGGUCACCAGACCAGCUCUCAAUAUGUCUCCACAGCUUCCUAUCCAAGUUCCCCAAGCAUCUCUUCAAAUGCUUAUCCCCCACCUAGUUGGGGCUCAUCCUCAGACCAGCAGCCCUCCAGGGUGUCCCACGAACAGUUCAGGGCUGCUCUACAGCUUGUGGUUAGCCCUGGGGACCCUCGAGAAUAUCUGGAUAAUUUUAUUAAAAUAGGAGAAGGAUCCACUGGAAUAGUUUGCAUCGCCACUGAGAAGCACACAGGAAAACAAGUUGCUGUGAAAAAAAUGGACCUCAGGAAACAACAGCGGCGUGAGCUGCUUUUUAAUGAGGUUGUGAUAAUGAGAGAUUACCAUCAUGACAAUGUAGUUGACAUGUACAAUAGUUAUCUUGUUGGUGAUGAACUGUGGGUUGUCAUGGAGUUCCUAGAAGGUGGGGCUUUGACCGAUAUAGUAACUCACACGAGGAUGAAUGAAGAACAAAUAGCUACAGUCUGUUUAUCAGUCCUGAGGGCCCUUUCUUACCUUCACAAUCAAGGGGUUAUUCACCGAGACAUAAAGAGUGACUCCAUCCUUCUGACAAGUGAUGGCCGGAUAAAGUUAUCUGAUUUUGGUUUCUGUGCCCAAGUUUCCAAAGAAGUCCCAAAGAGGAAAUCACUGGUUGGCACUCCUUACUGGAUGGCACCAGAGGUCAUAUCUAGACUACCUUAUGGAACAGAGGUGGAUAUCUGGUCACUUGGCAUUAUGGUUAUAGAAAUGAUAGAUGGAGAGCCUCCUUACUUCAAUGAACCUCCACUUCAGGCAAUGCGUAGGAUUCGUGAUAACUUACCUCCAAGAGUGAAGGACUUACACAAGAUUUCCUCAGUGCUUCGGGGGUUCCUGGAUUUGAUGCUGGUGAGGGAACCUUCCCAGAGAGCGACAGCACAAGAACUCCUCAGACAUCCAUUCUUGAAAUUGGCAGGCCCACCUUCGUGCAUUGUACCGCUCAUGAGACAAUACAGACACCGCUGAAUGGAAGGGCCCGUGGUAGAGAUCUGAAGGAGGACUUCUCACAAGUGAUUUGAGAGAGAGGAUGGGAGCCAUGGGGAAGGACAAACCACCUGUCCUUUCCAAACCAAUACUUAAGAAAUGAUCCUAGGGAUUCAAUCCAAGGAGAUACUCCCUGGAGGUCAGAAGCUCAAUAGGAGCCUUCUUUUGUCACUACUACUAAAACAGGCAUCCAUCUACUGACAUCUGUUGUGAUCCUUUGGAGCACAGUGUUCGUAUUCAUCCUUAUUUUUUUGAGCCCUUCAGCCAGCAAACCUGAAAGACUCUUUACAGGCAUUUUUUGGAAAAGGUAAUAAUACAUAGCACAUAUAGGCUAACCCACAGGAGUUUGCUCCAAGAGGAAAAGUACCCUCUAUUUCUAUUUUGGAACAAUAAUUUUCUGGCAAAAGAAAAAAAAGCACUUUUUUUCCUGAAUUGUAGCAGUGUAAUGUAUUUUGCAAUGAAUUUGUAAUUUUCUGUACUAUACUUUUGAUAAUUUAUAGUUCUUUGAUGUCAAGUAGCCAUUGUAUUAGUUGAAGUAAUAUGUGUAACUUAGCAGGAGUUUGAACAAAGUCUUUCCUACGUUUUUUAACCCUUUCAGAGGACAGAGAGUUCUUUAGAAUCCUGGAAGAAUACCUAUCACCUUCAGCUUUAGUAGACUAUCCUUCUUAAUUUAAAAAAGUAUUUUAUGUGGUAGAGAAAGGUGGGUGGGUGGGGGUGGAGAUAAUAGCACACAUUUUAUGUUUUCUCACCGGAAAAAAAAAUGAGACCUGUUUUCCCAGUAAAAGCUUCUUCUUAGGAGCUAGUCUUACAUUUGGAGACAUGGUCAUUCUUCCAGAAUAUGAGGAGUGAACCCUUUAGUGCACUGAAGCAGGAAUUUGCUAAGAGAUCCCCCUGUAUUCUGAAAAAUGGCUUUCCCAAGUGACCAGCUUAACUACUUAAGAGGUAUUUCUACACUAGGGAAAAUCAGGCUCAUUUCUAAAAACUGAGCUACUACAAAUAAGCUAAUGAGAUUAUUUCAGUUUCAGAAAGGAAAAAGAGAAAUAAUAAAGGUAGAAGCUCUACAAUUCCAUUAAUUUAUCACUUGCUUUAAGACCUUUGCUUUCAUUUACUCUACUUUGAUUUGUUAAAGGAGAGAUGAAAGGAUUGAUUGGUGUCUACUAGCAAUAAGGCAGAUCCCUCAUUUCAAAUCUGUUGACUUUGUACCACAGUAUUAAUCUCUAUUGUUUACAUAGAUGGAAGUCUGAAUUGAUUCUUCACAUGAUGGAAGUCUGAAUUGACUCUAAAGGUCAAUUUACCACAGGGGGUAUUUUACCAGUUAUAAUCCGACUUUUCCUGUUAUCAUGUUAUAAUGUGUUUCUGACAUAGAAAAGUUGUGCUGCUGUCUAGACCUUCUUGAAUGUUGAUAAUUGAAUGACUACUACAAUAAAUUUUGUGUUGCCUGUUGGAUACCUUGCAUGUUAACUGUAGGCCUAUGUAGGUAUGCCUUUAAAACUUUGGAAGUGCUACAUUAUCUUUAUUAGUUCUUCAUUAUAUAUCAGACAGAAGCCAUUCUUUACCAAAUAGAACAACCAGAAGCUUUCUUAAUUACUUCAAGUACUAUUACACAUAUGAAUUUAGAUUUGGAAAAACAAAAAACAACUAUCUCUGGUUGCUCUAGGUAUCAUUAAGGUUUUUUUGUAAUUAAUAAGUUUCUAAUUGUUUGUUAUAUUUAAAGAAAAAAUAAUUAAGAUGACCUGCUGCUCUUUGGAUUUCCCUAAGGUAUUUUUGUUUGUGUUUAUUAUUUGUUUUUGCAAGCAGAAGGAGAUUCUCUGUGGUAAAUAGGAUUAAAAAUUUCAUAAAAAUCAGCAAAAAUGUGUUUAUGCAAAUAUACACAUAUUUAUAAAAGUAUGUGAGAUUUUAAAAUCCAAAGCAUAAAUACUAGAAAACUAAGGCCUGGAGUUUCAAGUGAAAAAUUGUCUUAAUCAAACCAGGAAUAUAUACAUGUUUAAGAAAAUCUUUUUAAUAACCAGAAUAACUGCUAAUGACCUUUGCAUAAGAUAGUAAAUUUUGGAUUCAAAACAUUUUCAACAGUGUAAUGAAAAAUUUUCUGUAAUUUUCUUAUCACUAGAUAUUUUUUUAAAGUAUUCAUUGAGUUUACUGAAAGUUAUUGUAGCUUAAGAGGUUUUGUGAGCACCAACUAUUGGCAGAAAACUGCAUUUGCAAAUAAAAAUAAAUGUUUGCAUUUUCCCCA